GUGCGUGUGUACUACUUCUGAGGCCGAAAGGUCAGAAGAGAGUGUCCACCUUUCAGUUCGAUUUUCGAUGAUUUGAGUCCUUCCGCCGCGGGGAAUUUGAGCGUUUUCCUUGAGAAAUUUGAGUUUCUUCGAGAGUAAUUUGUGUGUUUUCUCUUGAGAGAUUCGUGCAAGGAUGUCGCCUUCGAAUCCAUUUAUUGGGUAGUCAAAUUGUUCCUAUAUAGCGUCAAAGCAUCCAACUUUGACUUCUCCGUGGUGGCUUCUUCUAUCGUGUGUCAUCCAGACAAUUUGAUCUUUAUUUAAUUGGGUUGGAUGCUUGUUCAGGUUAGGUAGUUGGAAAGGGUAGCAUAAGACACCAUCAAUUUUGGUGAUUUUGGUUUUUCUCUGAAUAAUUGCGGGUCAAAUUAGUCAUCUUCAGUUAUCACUUCUCGUUUUUAUUGGGAGGAUUUGGUGAAUUUUAGUGGCGGGCAGAGCUUUCUUCGAUCCUCGGUCCUCAUUUUUAUGGAUUUGGAUGGUUGGGGACUUGGGGGUAUCUUAACUUUAUCCUUGUUGAAAAAAGGCUAUAAACUUGGGAGUUCCUGUGAGAUAUUCCUUUCUUGGGAGGAUUUGAUCUUGCUUCUGUUGGUUCCUGGUGAGUUGGUUGAGAUGAAAGGAGUACUAUGCUAACUCAUCGAGGAAAGAACAGUACAGCCAGUACUACUCUGAGGAAGAGCUGACAUUUCUAUGCUUUCCUUUGGAGGACUGUGGUCUGUUCCUCCAAGAAUCUAUGCAAAAGUGCUCCUCAUCUAAGUAUAUCUAUCCAGUUCAAGUUGUUGUGGUUCAUCUUAUCAUCUGUGUAUGUAUCUGUGUGUAAUGCGCGCACUCUGCAAGAAGGAAGAAUUUGUGUAAAACGGGUGGUAGUUCAGAAUUUUCUUUGCACAGGAGAAGCUCAGUUGCGCCUUGCAGAUCCAAAUUGGCCGAUGGCGCAACCUGAAAUUCCUGCAUUUGAGGAUUGGGAAACCACAGGAAACACCCCUUACACACAAAAGUUCGAGGAUGUACGGAAGAACAAGAAAACAGGAAUUCCUGCACAGACAAAUGAUCCAAGGAGGAACCCGGAACAUCCUCGUAAGUCCCCUUUGCAUCCAACGGCCUACAAAACCGAUCCUCAAGACCAAGGUCCAAGGAACCCACCACAUCGACCGAGACCUGAAACUGAUCAACAAAGACACUCCGACCGGCCUACUCACCGUGAGCCUGCACCACGAAGACAUGCAAAUCCUCACAGAGAACAAGGGAGUAAUGCUGUGGCACCAAGAAGCCCCUACAGGACAGCUGCUGGGUCUGCUUCGCCAAUGCAGUCAAACAACCAAUCAAAGCCGAAUCAUAGAUCGACUGCGACGCAGGCUCCAGAGAGAAGGCAUUCUUCAGAGGGGCAUAGCCAGCAUACACCUGGAAGGAGCAGGAUGAAGCCCGGUAGUUAUGAGCCUGAAGAAGUGGCUGUACCACCCUUUGGUGAAUGGGAUGAUGCAAAUGCAGCAUCAGGUGAAAAGUACACUGGUAUCUUCAACAGGGUAAGGGACGAUAGGUUGUCACCUACCUCUUCUGCUAGGCAACCAUCUACCGCCCGUAGGGAGGAGAAUAAGGUGCAACAGAAAUGUUCUUGCUGCAUACUUUGAGAAAAUGAGGACAUGAUCUCAAAGAGUUUGGACAGCAUCCUAUUGUGCUUCUGUAGUGAGCACCCUAUCGUGUAACUCUUCUUGGCUAGUUGUCAUGUAUGUUAUUGUCGGUGUGAUUAUGUAUCUGUAAUUGGAUUGUUCCAUUUAAGCUCUUCAAUUACAAGGAACAUAUAUAUGAUACCAUAUAGAUUUGUAAAGUAUGGAGUGAGCAAUUUCCUUGUGAUAAUAAAAGGUUUAUUGAAUGGGGUC